AGAGAAUCGUUCUUGCUCUCCCCACGGCUGCUCCAGAAACCAGCCGACACAGUGUACGGCCGCGGUAUCGAAAAACCAGAAGGUUGAAGGAGGAUUGCUGUGGACGCCCACUUCACCCCCCUCACCCCCCUUCUCCUCCCUAACGUGGACUUUCCCGUCAAUUUUUGAUUCUCUCCCCCUCCUACCAUAACAGCAGCCGCAACAGCUUCGCUGAAGCAAAGAAAGGACACCCCCGUUGGGUUCCAGGUGGCACAGGAGCUGCACGUUGAUUGAGCUGUGCGGUUUGACGAACUCAAAAGCGGAAAGGAAAGCCGCGAUACUUAAAAAAAGAACAGUAAUAAUUGACGAGAGGAGAGAAAGAUGGGCGUUCCGAAGUUUGCGGCGUGGCUGACGAAGAAGUACCCCGCCAUGGUCGUCGACCGCUGCCCCGCAGACGUGCACGGGCUCUACAUCGACCUCAACGGACUCAUCCACCCUUGCUGCCACGAUGAGCACGACGCCACCGUGGCCCUCCGCACCGAGGUGGAAAAGAUGCGCAGCGUCUGCCUCGCCAUUGAGACACUCGUCGUCACCGUCAAACCGCAACGGGUGCUGUACAUCGCGAUUGACGGCGUGGCGCCACGCGCGAAGAUGAACCAGCAGCGGGCGCGGCGGUACAUGAGCGCUGCGACGCCGCUGACCAACACCGAGAAGCCCAUUUGCAGCAGCGGCGGACACGAGAUCAGCGCGGCGGUGGUGGCCGCGACGGAGGCGGAGUUCACUGCUGCGGAGAGGACGGGGGCGGAGAAGGAGUUGGAGGAUGUCAGGCAGGCGUUACUGGGGGACGUGCUCUACGGUGGAGACGGCGAUCCAACAGCACCGUCGGCUGCCGCGGAUUGUGCGUUCUCACCAGUUGCACCUCUGCAAGAGGCCACCGCGCAGCCAGAGAUCGGUGUCCCCUUUGCUGCGGUUGGGGCUGCGGAGGACUACGACGAGCGCUUCGACAGCAACUGCAUCUCGCCCGGUACCGCUUUCAUGGACAAGGUUGCCGCGACGGUGCGCGACUUUGUGAAGCGCAAGCUGAUGACUGCGGAGACGAAGGCCGAUAGCGGUGACGUCACGGAGGGUUGCGGCGAUGACCCGCUCACCUGGGCGUCUGGCACUUCUACCGCAACCACCGCAGCGACAGCAGCGCCGUCUGCGCCGUCCCCGUGGGCGCAGCUGACGGUUGUGUUUUCUGAUUCAAACACGGCAGGCGAGGGCGAGCACAAAUUCGUUGACUUCCUCCGCACGCAGUCCGCCUUCCCGGGGUUUAACGGCAGUGGCUGUCACGUCAUCGCCGGCCUCGACGCGGACUUAAUCUUCCUUUCCUUGUCGCUGCACAUACCGCGUGUGGUGAUCCUGCGCGAUCACGAUCGCUCCAGCUAUGACAGGGCGUUGCUGCCCGUCGCUGCGGGAGGGACAUUGAUGCCCGCCAAGACGGCCGCAAAGGGGCGAGCCGCGGGUGGAGUUCCAGAGAGUGAUUCGACCUCGUCGAUCGGCUCUGCUGCUGCUGCUGCGGCAGCGGUGGGAACACCGGCGGCUGAAGUCGACGAGGCGUCUUCAACGCCGCAGCCGAGUGAGGCGGUGGUCGCCACUCCGAGCUCUCGCAGGGAGGAGGGAGACGACGAUGGUGCUGUGAGGACGGCGACGAUGUCUACCGCAGAGGACGUGACCGAUGCGGAAAAGGAGGGCACCGUCGCAAGCCCAACGCCGGACUCGCCGCCGGCCUCUCCCGUGCCGCCACCGCACAUCGCCAGCGUGGUGGCCGACGUCUGCACGUCGUACGAGUACUACGACAUCGACGUGGUCGGCGCGUCGAUCGUCUCGGAGGUGUAUCAGCUGUGCCUAGAGAAGGGGAUGGAGAUGCGUGGGAACCCGCUGGAGAACUCAGCGAAUUGUGUGGCGGCGAAUGGAUUUGCCUUUUAUCGCAGCGGCGACAGCGAGCGGUCGGAAGCCGCUGCAGUCGCCACCGCCCCAGCCGCAGCACCGACGCCGACGACACAGAAGAGGGCGCCUUCGAAUAAGAGGAAGCCGAGUAAAUCGACGGCGCCGGCGCCGGCGUCUUCGCCUCACUCCACCUCGCCACGUUCUUUUCACCCCUGCACCUCCACCAGCAACUCCAAAAUUAUCGACGACUUCAUCGUGCUGGGGAUGCUGCUGGGCAACGAUUUCUUACCGCACUCGCCGAGUGUGUACUGCGGGGAAAGUGCGAUGGACACGCUGAUGGAUGUGUACGUCAGCGCGGUGCUGCCCUACGGCUACCUGACGGGCGGUCAUUACGAGAUUCAGCUGCUGCAGCUGGAGCGCCUGCUUCGCGCGUACGCGACGGUGGAGGCGGUGCGCUUCCGCCAGCACGCCAUUCAGUCCGGCCUGAUGACCCCGCAGGAGGCCGCCACCUCGGCGGUGUACUCGGAGGCGGAUCGCCGCUGCUGGCGAGACCCUUACAUCCGGACGACCUCCCUGACGAACGAGGCCGGGGUGCAAGCGGCGUGCCGCGCCUACGUGGAGGGUCUCCGCUUUGUCUGGCGGUACUACAGCUCCAUCUCGCUGCAGGUGAGCUGGUCUUGGUACUACCCCUUCCACCACGCCCCACUCGCGUUGGAUGUGGCGAACUUUCUACGUCAGCAGGGCCCCAACGUGCAGGCGGUGCUCGCAGCCCCGAAGCUGGAGCGCCUACCGCCGCCGCCGUUUUGCCAGCUGCUGUGCAUUCUUCCCCCGCCCAGUCGCACGUUGGUGCCGGCGGCCCUGCGAGCUUCCAUGGUGCAGCCGCCUGCGGAGCUGGCCGACACAUUCCCCACGACGUGGACGGUGGACUUCACGGGCGCCUACGGGAAAGAGCACUUAGCGGCGGUGCUGCUGCCUUUUGCGAAUUUGCCAGACCUGCAGGCGCUCGUGCAGACGCACGCGGGCUCCUACACGGCGGAGGAACGGGCCCGCAACACGCUACGGUCAACUCACAUUGUAUUCGAGGGCCGCUCCGAUGCAGACCCGAUAGCAGCGGAGGAAGCAACAGCAGCAGCAGCGGACGAGGAGCACACAACAGAGGCCCCGAAGGAAGGAUCAGGGAGGGGAAAGCCAAAACGCGGGUCAGCCGUGACCAAGGCGCGAGGGUUUCGCAUUCAAGGCGACGGCCUUCGGCCCCUCGCCGCAGCGGAAGUUCCCCCUGAACUGCAGGGCUGCUCGUUGAUUGUGUGCUCCUCCUUGGCGGACGUCGCCCCACCGCCGUCUCGCCCACGCACCUACUCCUACACGGUGCUCAUACCGAACCUCACCCUCCUCCCGGACGGCACCCGUAUGCCUGCGGAGCGGCGACCGCAGAGUCGCUACGGCAACCGCCGUCGUCACGGCGGCAGAGGAAAGGACGAGAAGAGCACGCAAGGUGCAACGUUGGCUGCUGCGUCUUCUUCCGCCUCUUCGGCUGCCGCCACCGCAAACGCACACGCGCGGCAGCCGCCCAUGCUUUUCGGCGAGUUCAUCAUUUCACUGGCGGUGGUCGGCCUGCUGAGUGCGAUCGUCCUCGUGCGGCGCAGCUCCUCAUUUCUAGGCGGUCUCCAACUGGUGGUGCAGAUGUGCGCCGUUGCGGUCACCGUGCUUGGGGUGGCGUUUGCGCUGGGCCUGGCGGUGGCGGGCAACGGACGCGCGGCCGGCAGCGGGAUGCACCGCCACAACAUCUUUACUGCCUUUGCGGACUGGCAAUGUGCGUCGUGUCUCUCGCUGAACUUCUCACGCAACCGGCGGUGCUUCAUCUGUCGCGCGCCUUUUGAUCCACACCGAUGCGCGGCGCUGUUGAGCGGGCGCAACCCACCGGAGGUGCCGUUGAUGGACCCAGAUCACACGGCCUACUCCGCCUCCUACGGUAUUACGCCGUUGUAA